AUGCCCGAUUUCCCAUCUAUUGCCUCGCCGGCCAUAACGCCCAUUGCCUCGCCGAAACCGCAGCAUCAUGACCACAAUGUAUCCGACUUGCAGCUGGACAACGACUUCUCGACACACUCCGCUCACCCGCCGCCCUUAGUCAGUCCCGCCUUCACACCUCCACACACGCCCUUUGCAAACGGUCAGCGACACGACAGACUGCCCACGAGUGUGCCUACUACCGCGCGUGACGCCGCGAGCGAACAUGGCGCUCCGAAACUGCUGGAACGUUUACCCGAGGUGCAAUGCGAGGUUCGCGCCAGAAUUCCGACCACCACCGGCCAGGAGAUGUUUCUCCACUUGUACCACAACAGUGCAGAUAAUAAAGAGCACCUAGCGAUUGUGUUUGGACCACAUAUACGUAGCCAAAGUCUUGACGCUCCGCGACCUGGGGAAUCGGAAAGAGACCGCAUGAUCAGAGGCGCAUAUACAGGCACGCUAUUUCCCGGGCGCACGCAUAGCAGAUUGGGCCAGAUACGGCAGGAUGCAGGCGUUGCCGUAAGGCCGCCCGUCAUUGCAUCGGGAGCGCAGAUCGACACUUCAAACAGCAUAUCCACGACUGCAAGCUCGGGGUCAUCUGCGCAAGAAGACUGGAGCUAUUCCUCAUACCCAUCGGAAUUGGGCCCACCACUUGUUCGCAUACAUUCGGAGUGCUACACUGGGGAGACUGUUUGGUCAGCGCGAUGCGAUUGUGGUGAGCAGCUGGACGAGGCGGCACGAUUGAUGUCUUUGCCUGCGGCGACGCCAAGCGGCUCCCCAGCUGUAGAACAUGCCCCUGAGGCAAGGCUACCUUCUUGUGGCGGAGUCAUUGUCUACCUCCGACAAGAGGGACGUGGCAUUGGCUUGUUGAGUAAGCUGAAGGCCUACAAUCUCCAGGAUUUGGGUCAUGACACAAUGGAAGCGAACAUUCUUCUACGACACCCUGGUGAUGCUCGAUCAUACGGUCUAGCCACUGCGAUAUUGCUGGACCUCGGACUAGGCGGCGAACGGGGCAUCCGUCUUCUUACCAACAACCCGGAGAAGAUCCGAGCUGUCGAAGGGCCUAACCGUGAGGUUCGCGUUACCGAAAGAGUGCCGAUGAUUCCUCUUGCGUGGAAAACGGAUGGCAAGGAAGGCAUCAACAGUCCGGAAGUCGAAAAGUACAUUUCGACCAAGAUCGAAAAGUUCAAGCAUAUGUUCUCGAGCACUUGA